UUAGCUGCGACUCAGCGCUCCGUAUGAUGUUUCCCAAAGAGAAGCAGUGAACGAGGGGCGGGCGGCGGCCUCUAACGCAGCAGUGCCUCACUUCCCGUUCUUCUGGCGGCUGAGCCAGUUUUGCUACUGGUUCCUCAACCGCUCCUCCCUCCAGCAGUGGGACGGACCGUCCGCCCGGCAGCGCCUACGAGGGUUCCUCGUCUUGCUGCGCGGAGCUUCCCUUGGCAUGAGUCGGUGGGCCCGCGUGGGCAUCUUAGGCACUCUGGCUUACUGCCUGCAGGGCAAGAGGAGAGCCCUGGCCGAAGCGAGGAGGAGCAGGACGCCAGACGGAGGCGGCAGUGAGCAGCUGGGACUGAAGCUGGUGCUGGUUCUCUUUCGGCACGGGGCCCGCACUCCUCUCAGACCGAUCCCAGAUGUAGAGCAGGUGGAGUGGAAUAAUGCUCUUUUGGAGAUCCCUGCUCAGACAAAGUUGGACUACAUAGUUACUGAUCUCUCCGGUGGGCCAAGACCUUAUUCUCCUUAUGAUGAAAACUACAAAAAAACUACACUGAAGGGUGGUGCAAUUGCAGGGCAGCUGACAAAAGUAGGUAUGCAGCAAGCAUUUGCUCUUGGGAAGCGGCUAAGGAGACGUUAUGUUGAGGAGCUCAAUUUCUUAUCACCAGCCUUCAAGCCUUCUGAGGUCUUUGUUCGUUCCACUAAUAUUGUCCGGAAUUUGGAGUCCGCACGGUGCUUGCUAGCUGGGCUAUUCCAACAGCAGAAAGAAGGACCCAUUACCAUAGUUACAGAUGAAGCAGAAUCUGAAAUUCUUUAUCCCAAUACACUGAACUGCCAACGACUGAAACAUGGGAACAGAGCUAGGCUGGCCACUAUGAAUUUACAGCCAGGCAUCUCUGAGGAUCUGAAGACCGUUAAACAAAGCAUGGGCAUCAGCAGUGAGAAGGACGUAGAUUUCUUAGUCCUCUUUGACAACAUCUUUGCAGAACAGGCACAUGAUCUACCAAGCUGCCCUAUUCUGAAGAAUUUCCUGCAAAUGAUUGAGCAGAGGGCUGUAGAGUCUCUUCUUUAUGUUACAGAACACAAUUUAAGGGAGAAUCUUCAGAUGUCUGUCGGUCCGCUUCUUAGUGCAAUAGAGAAGAACAUAAAGGAAGCAAUUGAGCCGCCUUCUCCUGAUAUCAAGGCCAGGAAGCUAAUUCUUUAUGCUGUUCAUGAUGUUACCCUUGUCCCACUACUGAUGGCUCUGGGAGUUUUUAAUUCCAAGUGGCCUCCAUAUGCUUCAGGCGUGACUCUGGAGGUCUACCAACAUUCCAAGGGCUGGUUUAUACGGCUGACCUAUAAUGGAGAGGAACUGAUUCCCAAGGGGUGCAGAACUAGACUCUGUCCACUGGACGACUUUCUGAACAUUCUUUCAACCUACAGUACAACACCAGAGGAAUACAAAAUGCUUUGUUCCCAGACAGAAGAGGCACUUUAACAGAUAACCGAUUAGUGAUUCUUAAUUAUGUUAUUACAGCUCCCAUGAAGUUCCAUAAAAGGCUUUAUUCAGUUAUGGUCUAACUUGGCACUUCAAAGUCUUGCAGUGGCAAGCAGCUUGCUACAGUGACUGAGGUGUAUGCUACUUCUCUAUUUUAGAAAGAGGCUUAAGUAGCUGAAUAAAAGUAUGCAGCACUCCUCACAGCAAGAGCAGAUAGAAGUUACCCAUAGUAAGUUACCGUAGUAAUGAACUCUUUGAAAUAAGAGAAAUGGACAACUUUCUAAGAAAUUAUGCAUCUUACUAUUGUCCUUCCUUUUAAACUAUACACUUAAAGGAAUAUGGCCUUUCCUCAAAAAUUUAAAGGUGCAAUCUUACGCAUGGCUGGCUAGGGCAUGCUGGAAUUUGUGGGACUUCAUUCUGUCUAAACAUGCAGAGGAAUGUGCCUGAAAUCUUCCUUAGUGGAGACUUGUGCUAAAUCAAAUCCUAAUUUUAGUAAAGAAACACACCAAUAAUGAGUUUUUUAAAUGUCUCUUGUCUAAACUAAGCUACUUUCCAAGAAAUUUUAAAUGAAGUGUUUUAACUACAGGACUAACAGACUCUCCACAUACAUUCAUAGUUCACCUUACUUUGGUUUUAGAAUUUCUGUGUAGACUUGCUGAUAGUGCAGUCAUUAGCAGAGCAAAUUACUUUGAACCUUCUGGUAACUACCUCAUUUAUAAAUAGUAGGAAACAGUUAUUUAAAAUAUAGCAAGAGGCGAGCUUGUAGUGUUAAUAUUAAACCAUAGUGUAAUAGCAUAACUGGCUAAACUGUGAAAGUACUGGUGGCAGUUGUUGUAAGCCUGGAAAAACCUAAUAAGAUGCAAGUAAUUAAAAAAACCCAAUGGAAUGCACUUGUUAGGAACCUGUAAGAUGUUAAGUGUUUAUAAAUGGAGGUGAAUACAUACUGGGUGUUCCAAAUGGUUGCUACCUAUAGUAACAGCAGCACAUGUGAAGCAAUUUGGUUCAGACUAGAUUUGUGGUAUGUAGGUUACAGCUAAUCCAAAUGGACUACCCAAAUCAAUACAGAUACUAUAAGCAGUCUCUUUCCUUUCCACAAGCAUUAUUAUGAAAAGCAGUCAGGACCUCUGCUUUGUGCAAGAAGCUACAGAACAACUUUGUCCAAACAAGAAUUGCUUAAAUGACCUUCCACAGCAAUGUGGAGUAAAAAUGUUCAUACAGAGGAAUUAAUUGUCCUUGCUUCUUAUUCCUUCACUGGUAGAAGUACAAAGAUUCUAGACAUGCUCCCUUUAUACAGCUGCAGGAAUGAUAUUACAACUGAUAACAGGAUCUCUCAGAAAUGGGAGUUAGGCACAGGUUGGUCAGAGCAACAUGUUAUAGGAGGACUUUUCAGAUAAAGUCUUCUGCUUAAAUUCCCCCUGCAAGAAAAAUUCUAAAUUAUUAGAAAUGCUUGAGAAUGUUAUUCAUUUACCAGCUGAAGGCAGAUGACCAAGUCCAGAUUUUCCAGUGUUCCCAGCAUCUGAGAGCUCUUCCUCUUGAAAACUAACAGUUCAGAGUGACUAGAGUACAACAUAUAAGCCCCAGGCACUUCAGUGUAAGAGCGCAAGUGUGUUGCUGGCUCUGACCCCUGUACAUUCAGUGUGGCUGUUAAAGAGGAGCCCUUGUGUGUGAACAGUUGCUGAGGAGUAAGAGGUGGUUCUUCAGGUGUUCACCCACAGGACAAAGGCUGGGCCAGCAAUGCUUCUAUGUAUUAAUGCUCUACACCCAAGUAUCACAGGAAUAGGGCUUGAGUUUACGAAACUGUGCCAAGGCUGCACAUACUUCUCGUCAGCUUAUGACAGAAUUUAACUUGGACAAUAAUUACGCUUUGGAACAACUCAGAAAUAUCCAAACACAUUAUCCAGCUACAAGGAAGCAGGUUUAGAAAUAAUCCAAAGACAGAAAAAUGGAUUGUAGCAAAAGAGAAAGGAACGGCUGCUUUUUUCUUUUCUUUUUUUCUUUUUUUCGUAAGAAACAAUAUAUUUUAUUUUUCUGACACCACAGCCCUGGCAAGUGGUUUUGUACCAAAUUUAAUGGAGGUUACACAGUACGUUUUACGCUGGGGAACAAAAAAAGGAUAGCCACAAAAAAAGUCAGGAUAACUUUUAGUGUCUGUUCCACUCCCACAUUAAUAAAGUCACUUGGGGGGGGGGGGGUCUAAGAAAAAGAGAAUAAGAAACAGUAAGACUACUGUAGAAUGUAACAGUGUCCAAGUCCAGCCUCUUCCUGAAAGUGGCAACACUCCCAGCAUGAGAAGGGGCUUGCCCAGAUAUACUCCCCAAAAUAAUACAAUGUAUUGCAGCUGCCAGAGGAGGAGACAGUAAAAGGGUGGGGAGGACCAAGAUGCCUUUUUUUUAAAAGAGUGGGAGGGAGAGACAAAAAGGUGCUGGAUAGCACUCCAUAAUUUGAAAAAUAUGUCCUUAACUUAUUUUUUAAAAGGUUCCCCCUCACUGAACUUAAGUUCCUUUUGUGCUUUUCAAUUAAUACUCUGCUCUGAGGUCGUAGUUUGGUUUCUCUAUACAUUGGAGUUGAAGGAAAAUAGUCCAAAGUUCUGAAGAUGGAUUUUCCACCUAAAAGUAAACAGCCUCUCACCCCAAAGACUAAAGUCUCUGCUAAAAUCCCUUUUACAAUAUAGUACAGUACACAAAAAUAAC